AUGGAUAACACAAUCCCGAUCCACUCAUCCCGGCAGCGGAGGAAUGCGAUGCUGGCGUGCGAAAAAUGUCGUGUCCUCAAGGUGAAAUGUAUCCGGCCCGAGGAGGGACAGCCUUGUACCAAAUGUGCCAGAUCAAAUUCUCAUUGCGUAGUUCCCGAACCGAAACAUAGAGCUCGAGGUUCACAACGAGCGAAACCGCGGCUACUCGAUCUUGAGUCCAAGCUCACCGAUAUCAUCGGUCUUCUUUCACGCUCGAAUGCACCCCUUUUUGGAGUGGAAACCUCUGUGAAUGUGGAUUUUGGACUGUCUGCGAUUCCCGGAUAUCCUAGUGAUAAUUCACUCCGACCGACUGAAUGCAUGAGCGGAGAGCACCUAGCUAAUUUUGAAUUGAGUGAAGGUCCAGAGUCGGGCGGAGAACAGAAUACCACUGAAGAUGUUCUGGAACAUCCGUGGGACUCAUCUGCUGCUACAAGUGCCGCGUGGAUCACCGGUUUGGGACUCGGACCUGUCGUCCUCGAGAAUCUCUUGGACAGGUUCCGUGGCAUGGCAUCUUCUUUUCCAUUUGUGCGGGUCUCGAACGACUGUACUGCUGCAUCAAUGGCUAAAGAUCGACCCUUUCUACUGCUUGCAGCUGUUGCUGCUGCGUCCUCGAAGUAUUGUCACCUUCAGGAUGCUCUGAUCAGACGAUUCAAAGAGUCCCUGAGCGAGCGGGUAAUCAUGGCUGGCGAGAAGGACCUAGACCUGCUCCAGGGGUUACUUGUCCACCUUGCAUGGUUCCAUUUCCAUUUUGUUCCAGGAAGUCAACAAGCCUACCAGUACAUACAAAUCGCAAUCAGCAUGGUCAUUGACCUCUGCCUUGAUCAUGAAGUUACCGACCUACUCGAGCAGCGAAUCAAGCUUGGCGAUACAUAUAACCUGGAAGCGUGCCGGGCGUAUCUAGGUUGCUAUUACCUGUCUGGCAUAAUAGCAAUGGCUUCGGGGAAGCCCAACAAUCUUCCAUUCCGCAAGGAUAUGCUUAGAUGCGCGAUGACGCUGCAACAGCAACCAGAAUUCGAGACAGACCUCCUGAUAUACCCAGUGACGAAAGUUUUGCAGUUCACCGAAGAAGCCUGUGAAACUUACCGGCUGGAAGGUAUUCAUGGCCCCAGGUUGUACAUCCAUGCUGAACAAUUUACAGCGUGGUUAGAAGAAUGGUGGUCGUCCCUAUCGAUGGAUCUCCGCAACACGGUAUUGCUGAUCAACGGCUAUUAUGCUGCCAAAAUACGAAUUCAAGAAAUGGGCUUGGUAUAUUGCUACGGGCAGAGAAGACCGCCAUCCUUAAAGACGCAGGAAGAUUCCACAAUAUUGUCUGCACAUCCAAUGGUCAUCAACAACUUGAUUAAAUGCGUCAGCUCGGCAAAAGAAUACCUUGAUCUCUUUUGUGCUCUUCCAGCUGCAGAGCACAGGACCUUGCCAUUCUCCGCUUGGUAUCAGGUUAUUUUCACGGUAUUUGUUCUGUACAGAUUGUCCGUCGGGCUGCCAGAAGUGCAUCAGUGGGACGUAGAGAUUGCACGACAGACUGUGGAUCUACGAGAUUACAUUGAUACACUGCUGUCUCACUUGCAGUCAAUUGAGCCAUUGCAAGAUGCCCAGAUACCCACCCGGAGCCUUUUUACGAGACUUCCCGAGAUCAUAGGAAGUGUAAGGACUUCUUAUGCAUUGGCCAAAGAAAAUUCCGCAGAGGUUCGUGAUAGCCAUCGUGCUCAUUGCGAGCUUAUGUCUUCGAAUAACACAUCCUCAUCUGUUCGACCGUUACACCGCUGCCCUGGAAUGCGGUAUUCGCGCUGUCACGUCGCUCAGGCUCAGCAUCAACCCGCACUACAAAGUGCUAUUGCUACGGAAGUACAGAAUAUAGAAGAGGAGACGGUUUGGGCGGAUAUAUUGUUCAUGGAUACAUUUCCUAGCAUGACAGAUCCGUCGUCUAUCCAGGCUUGA